CUCUGAAAUCCAAUCUUCAUCGACGAGACGCUUUUCAAUUUUUUUUCUCCUGCUUCCCAAUUCCGAUAAAAAACGAAAUGGAACCCCGGAACAAUCCGAACCCAGCAUCCGGCGACGACACCGAGAUCGUGUCCCGCCGAAUCGAGCGUCUCUCCCUGCACCUGAACCCAACCCCCCGCACCUUGCCGGACGGCGACCGGCAAAUCGGGAUGGCGACCUGCGCCAGGCCGAAGCUGGAGGUGGACACCGGGAAGCUGUCGGGGUACAUGAGAGGGCCCCACAGGGACGUACAGGAGAAGGUUUUCGACUACUUUGAGUCCAGGCCGGAGCUACAGACGCCGCUGGAGAUAUCCAAAAAUGACCACCGGGAGCUCUGCUGGCGGCAGCUUGUGGGUUUGGUCAGGGAGGCUGGAAUCAAGCCCUUUAGGUAUGUGGCUGAUGAUCCCGCCAAGUAUUUCGCCAUUCUCGAGGCUAUUGGCAGCGUGGAUAUGUCGCUUGGGAUCAAGAUGGGCGUCCAAUACAGUCUUUGGGGUGGUUCAGUGAUCAACCUCGGAACUCAAAAGCACAAGGAUACGUAUUUCGAUGGCAUAGAUAAUUUGGACUAUCCAGGUUGCUUCGCUAUGACAGAGCUCCAUCAUGGCUCAAACGUGCAGGCACUGCAAACUACCGCAACAUUUGACCCAAUAACCGACGAAUUCAUAAUUAACACCCCAAACGAUGGGGCCAUAAAAUGGUGGAUUGGUAAUGCUGCAGUUCAUGGGAAAUUGGCCAGUGUUUUCGCCCGACUAAUGCUUCCAUCUCAUGACUCCAAGGAAGUUUCAGACAUGGGUGUUCAUGCAUUCAUUGUCCCCAUACGGCAUCUAGACACACACGAAACGCUUCCGGGUGUCGAGAUACACGAUUGUGGCCAAAAGGUUGGCCUCAAUGGCGUAGACAAUGGAGCACUGAGAUUCAACUCAGUAAGGAUCCCUCGUGACAAUCUCCUCAACAGAUUCGGUGACGUCUCUCGAGAUGGAAAGUACACAAGUUCCCUUCCCACUGUAAACAAAAGAUUUGCUGCUACGCUUGGCGAGCUCGUGGGAGGAAGAGUGGGGCUAGCGUAUUCCUCUGUAGCAGUUCUCAAGCUUGCUGGUACAAUCGCUAUCCGUUAUUCAUUGCUACGUCAGCAGUUUGGCCCGCCUAGAAAGCCUGAAGUCAGCAUCCUUGAUUAUCAGUCUCACCAGCACAAGCUCAUGCCCAUGCUCGCUUCAACUUAUGCUUUCCACUUUGCUACGUCCUAUUUGGUGGAGAAGUAUGCUGAGAUGAAACGAACUCACGACGAACAGUUGGUUGGAGAUGUCCAUGCACUGUCGGCGGGACUCAAAGCUUAUGUGACGUCGUAUACUGCUCGGUCGCUGAAUGUGUGCAGGGAAUCUUGUGGUGGCCAUGGAUAUGCUGCUGUAAAUCGGUUUGGUACUCUGAGAAAUGAUCAUGAUAUUUUCCAGACAUUUGAAGGGGAUAACACGGUGCUCCUCCAGCAGGUUGCAGGCGAUCUCUUGAAGAGGUACCAGGAGAAGUUCCAAGGCGGGGCUCUGACAGUGACAUGGAACUAUCUAAGAGAGUCGAUGAAUUCAUACUUAUCUCAGCCAAACCCAGUAACGGCACGAUGGGAAGGCGAAGAUCACUUGCGCGAUCCUAAGUUCCAAUUGGAUGCUUUCAGAUACCGAACAUCUCGAUUGCUCCAAAGUGUUGCAGUCCGUCUUCGCAAGCACUCUACGACACUUGGAGGGUUUGGUGCUUGGAACCGGUGCUUGAAUCAUCUUCUCACCCUUGCCGAAUCUCAUAUUGAGACUGUCAUCCUUGCAAAGUUCAUUGAAGCUGUGCAGAACUGUCCGGAUCCAAGUGCACGUUCUGCUCUGAAACUUGUGUGCGAUCUCUACGCCUUGAACAGAAUAUGGAAUGAUAUUGGAACUUACCGCAAUGUUGACUACGUUGCACCAAACAAAGCUAAGGCAAUCCACAAGCUGGCAGAUUACUUGAGUUUCCAGGUUAGGAAUGUGGCGAGGGAAUUGGUAGAUGCAUUUGAUCUUCCAGAUAAUGUCACCAGGGCACCAAUUGCAAUGCAGUCAGAAGCUUAUUCUCAGUAUACCAAUUAUGUUGGAUUCUAGAAAUUCGGUACCCGUCGCCAUAAGUAUAGUGCUUACAGUGGAAUUCAAGCUGGAGAUAGUUAUAGGUAUUUUAUAUCAUAUAUAGACAUUCACCAUUGAAGCUCAAGUUGGUUAGCAUGAGGAACGAAGAACUGGGGAAGGACGAAGGAGCUCGACAGAUAUACAGGAUUUGCAUCUUAAACUUUGUACCAAUUAUAUUCAACAUAUAUACGAGUUACUGAGAUUUACUACGGGAAUAUAAGUACUGUAGAACA